CUCGCAUUGCAUUCUCCUAUCUCACACACAAGAUCGCAUCGGCAUAUAGACAGAAACACAAUCGCGAGUGGGUUUUCAUCUAACCUCGACAUUUGAGAAUUUAUCAAGUUUCUUUGGGCAAACAUGACUCAAACCCCGCAUCAAACUGCUGAUUCUUUUAUUUGUCUCCACAAUCGGCAAGAGUUUGACAAUGUACUCUCAACCUCUGCAAACAAACUGGUUGUAAUAUACUUCAGCGCACUUUGGUGUGGGCCAUGUCGUUCUGCACUCCCGGAGUUUAAAUCUGUUUCGAAAGAUCCGGAUUUCUCUGUCGAUGUUGUGUUCUGUAAAUGUGAUGUCGACGAAGUGUCAGAAAUAGCAGAAGAAUGUGAAGUCCAGUGUAUGCCAACAUUCUGCUUCUUCAGAGACCAAGAAAAGAUUGACUACUUUUCUGGUUCCUGCAAGGGAAGGCUGAGAGAAUACAUCACAAAACACAAGUAACCAUGUCAACACAGUUGAUGAUGACAUCUAUUUUUUUGUGAGAAGUAUAGAAUAUACAUGUAUAAGUGAUAUUUUUGGGCUAGUGUGUAUUCCAAUAUCAAUGCACGGAUUGUGAGUUAAAUGUUUUUUUUUUUUUAGAAAUAGGGCACACUGACUGGUCAUUAUAUGCUGUAACACAUGUUGAGAGAGCAAUUUAAAUGGCAUCUAGAUUGCGAUGUAGAUGCUUUUAAUAACUCGAUAAACAUAAAUUAGUAUAAAUACUAUACAUUAUAUCAGUACUGUUGAAUGAAUGCUUCAUGUACAUUAGUUCUGCACGAACAAUUAUAAACAAAAUUUGUGCCACCCUACAUGUACCUUGUUGUAGUAUGCUUCAAACCUGGUGACAUUGCAUAUUUUUAUUAAUAAUAAUAAUAGUCAGUUUUUAUAUAGCGUAUAAAACAUGAUGAAUACGUCUCUAAACGCUUCAAAAAUAAAGAAGACAAAACGAUGUGUCGACAAGUUCUCUUUAUGGAGCUCAGGUGCAAUUUGAAUAAGUAGGUUUAAGGGCUGUUUUGAAGUUGUCAACUGAAUCAGUUGUUUUCAGGGAAUUCCUUUUUCAUUAUACAGUGCAUAUCAAUAAAAAAGUUUACACUUUGAUGAAAAAGUCUUUCGAAAAAUAAGAAUUAAAAACAUGGGGAUGAUUUUUUUUCACAUAUUAGAUGUCAGUAUGUCAGUUGUUGACAGAAUAUUAUGCUUGAGUGAGCACUGCCCACUUUUUAAAAGCUUGUAAAAAUUUUUUUUUUGCAGCCUGAGAAAUGCUGAUUUUUUACUCUGGUAAAAAGCAAAAUGACUUGCUAUUUAUCCAUGUUUCUAUGUUAUGAUCUUUGAUCAUUAAAUUUCAGGAUUUUCUGGCCUGGGCCCUGCAAUACAAAUAACUGUGAUCAAUUCAAUCAGUGUUUACUUUGGAAAGCUGUGAAUGUCAAUUCUUCAUCGAGGAGGUAUCUUAAGUAAUUUUUUAAAAGUAUAAAUUGGUAUCUAGAUGAAGCUCUUUUGGCUUUCCAUAGUUAAAAUUAUUGGAAUCAUAAACAAGGCCCAUGCCCUUUUGAGUGAAAUUAAAAUGUAUUAUUAGAAUUGAAAACAUGGUGAUAUAUAUUUGCACGGUAUACAUUUUGAUCAUGUUAGCUGAUUGAUGCAGACUACUUUUAUUUCCUUAAAGGAAAAUAGUGUAUCCUGACUGGUGUAUUGUAUAUAUUUGGUUUCAUUUGUAUCAUUUGCAUGUAUCUACAUUUUUAUUUGAAAACAAUAUGCUAU